CGCGCCCAGCUUGCUGCCGCUCCUUCCGCCCCGCCCCCUGGCCGGAAGUGCGGCGCCGCCACGGUCCCUCUGCAGCCCUCCGCCGGUCGCAAUAGCUGUUCGGGUCGUCUCUUGCGUCGUCCUCGGAUCUGAUUUAAACCACCACCAUGUCGAGCAAAAAGGCCAAGACCAAGACCACCAAGAAGCGCCCUCAGCGCGCAACAUCCAAUGUGUUCGCCAUGUUUGACCAGUCCCAGAUCCAAGAGUUCAAAGAGGCCUUCAACAUGAUCGACCAGAACCGGGAUGGCUUCAUCGACAAGGAGGACUUGCAUGACAUGCUCGCUUCUCUAGGCAAGAAUCCCACCGACGCCUACCUGGAUGCCAUGAUGAAUGAGGCCCCGGGCCCUAUCAACUUCACCAUGUUCCUCACCAUGUUUGGAGAGAAACUGAAUGGCACAGAUCCCGAGGAUGUCAUCCGAAACGCCUUCGCUUGCUUUGAUGAGGAAGCAACAGGCACCAUCCAGGAGGAUUACCUGAGGGAGCUGCUGACAACCAUGGGCGAUCGCUUCACAGAUGAGGAAGUGGAUGAGCUCUACAGGGAGGCCCCCAUUGACAAAAAGGGCAAUUUCAACUACAUCGAGUUCACACGCAUCCUCAAGCACGGAGCAAAAGACAAAGAUGACUGAAGCACUCCAGCGGGAGCUCCUGUCACGUGACCCUCUCACUUCCUUCUCAGAUUCUCCCCCCCCUCCACCUGUAGGACCUUCUGCAUGCCACUUAGUUCCACAGCUUUGCCACUUUUGUCAUGUAUUUAUUUCAGACUUUUCUGUCAUUUAGCAUUUGUAUAAUCAGACUGGAAAUGGGGACAAUGCUGUAAAUUGUGUUGAAAAUGCCAUGCGAAUAAAAAUCAACAAUGUGAAAGCCCAGGAAAAUAUAUCCAUAGUUCUGGUUUGCUGGAUUUUUUACAUUUUUAUAUAAUAAAAAUGUUAUUUUGAAAUAAAGAUUAUGCUGACUCAAA